AGGGCUGCAGGGAGCCCGGCGCCACGCUGACGUUUCACCCAGUCCCCUUGGCCCCGGCUGGCGGCCGGUCACGCCGUCCCCGGCACGGCCCCCGCUGCUCGCCCGGCCCCGGGGCUGGGCCUUCCCAGCAGGGCCCCGCCGCCUCUCCAAGCACCCGCCGAGCACCGGGGCUGCCGGCCGGGGCCCUCAUGUUGUCCCCGGAGGGCUUGAUGGCCGUGGCCGCCGUGGUCACCUUCCUGGGCCUCCUGGCCUGGCACCUUCUGGGUGGGAGCCUGGAGGUGCCUGGAGGGCUGGAGGAUGAGGAGGAGGAAGAGGAGGGGACCCCCAUCCUCACCGAGGACGGCGUGGGGUGCUGCCGGCUGCUGUGCAAGCCCUCGGCGCUGGCCCAGCACCUGGAGCGGAGCUUGGGGCGCUCGGCAGUGUUGAGGGGGGGGCCCUGGCCAUGGCCUCGCUGGCCUCGUCUCCGUCUGCUGCAGCAGCUCCUGCUGCCCCCCCAGCCGGCACCGGCGCUGGUCCGGGAGCACCUGCAGGUCCCCGACGGAGGCCUGGUGGCCCUGGACUGGCUGGUGGGGCCACGGGGGGCCGGGAGCCGUCGGCGUGGCAGCGGUGGCCCCCCCAGCCCGGUGCUGCUGCUCAUCCCCAACGCCGCCGGCAAGGUGCCGGGGGGGUUCCUGCAGCUGGGCCGCCGGGCGCUGGAGCUCGGCUACGUCCCCGUCGUCUUCAACCGGCGGGGACACAACGGCUGCCCCCUGGCCACCCCCAGGCUCCAAGCCUUCGGGGACCCCGGGGACCUGCGCGAGGCCGUGGCCUACGUGCGCUGCCGGCACCCGGCCGCCCCGCUGCUGGCCGUCAGCGAGGGCUCGGGCUCGGGGCUGCUGCUGGCCUACCUGGGCGAGAGCGGCUCCUCCAGCCGCCUGGCCGCCGCCGCCUGCCUCUCGCCCGUCUUCCGCGCCCGGGACUGGUUCGAGGCCCCGCUGCCCCGGCUCUACGAGUGGCCGCUGCUGCUGCACCUCAAGCAGGGACUCAGCAGGUACGCGGGCGCCCUGGCCGAGGCGGUGGACGUGGCCAAGCUGCUGGGCAGCCGCUCGCUGCGGGAGCUGGAGGAAGCCCUCUUCUGCGGGACCCAGAGCCGCUGGGAAGCCUACUGGGAGCGCAACGAGCCCCUGCGCGAUGCCGACGAGGUGGCCGUGCCCGUGCUGUGCGUCUGCAGCGCCGACGACCCCGUCCGCGGGCCCCCCGCCCGCACGCUGCCCGUGGGGCUGUUCCGCAGCAGCCCCUACUUCUUCCUGCUGCUCACCCCACGCGGGGGCCACUGCGGCUUCCCCCAGCGCGGCUCGGGGCGAUGCUGGGGCCACGAGGCCGUGCUGGAGUAUUUCGGGGCCAUCGGCGAGUUCCUGCGGGCGGAGGAGCGGAGGACGGGGGUGCCGCAGCCCCGCCGGUGGGGGGGUCCCCUCCCCGAGCCCCCCGCUUUCACCUGGCAGCGGUCCUACACCAGGUAGCCGCCCCCCACCGGGUAAGGAACGCAGGCAGACACUCCGUGUACUAAAAUUACUUUAUUACAGUUGAUUUUUUUUUUUUUUUUAACAUUUCCUUUGCUAUGAUACAAAGGAUACUUACAAACAAAAUAUUACAUAUGACCUUAUUUUUUUUUUUUUUCUCUUAUCUUCUGACAACUCGGUAACAGCUUUAAAUGCACAAUCUAUACAAUUAAUACAGGUUAUAUAUGAGCUAUAAUGUAUGUUGAACCAGAAGAAUACCAGAAUACUGACAA